CUCCCCGCAUUCUACGCCGGCUACAGUCUCAGGUGGAGGCUUUCCUCCACGGUGGCAUCUCGUCCAGUGUGGCUUCUUAUCUUCAGGGGUGCAUGUGCUCCUCUGUCAUUCCGCCGUCAGCUAUCCCUUUCACCUUCUCGCUCACGCAACCUGUCUUCGCUUUCACCGAAUCGCUCACGCAACCUGCCUUCUUGAUGGAUUUGUUUGAACAGCUGUUGCCACUCUCGCCUUCCUGCCUUGAUCUUCUCUGUGGGUGUUGUCAUCCCGAUUCUUCCGUCACCACCGUCAACCCAGUUUUCUUUAUCCCAUCCAAUUCAUGUUUCUGGAUCCUUUCUUGGAUUAUCCUAGUUUUCUCUCUCUAUGUACAUUGUGCAUCAAGGUUACCGACUUCGAUCGACGUUUUUUUGUCUCGAACGACCUCUCAGAACAGUAUUGAUGAAGAUGUAUAAGAGAUCAAUUGAGAAUACAGCUGGUUUUGGAUCUAAAAUUGCAACCCAGUUCUACUGAAAAUGAAAAUGGGGUCAGAAAAUUUGCAAGAAAGUUAAGUUAAAUAAUUUUUCUUCUGAUCUAUUUGUGUAUAAACUAUGUUCAAUUGUGAUCGGUUUUUUCAUUUUG